GCGUCUGCGACGACGGCGGUCCGGGCUCCGAGUACAGCGUCUGCCCGUACGCCGAGGACUGCGCAGACUGCGGCCCACGCGACCUCGUGCCACUCCUCCCUCCGCUUCCCGCCGCGCCACCCUCACCUCCCGCACCGCCUUCGACGCCGGGCGAGGCGCAGGAGCCGUCCCCGCCCCCUCCGCCGCCUGUCGCGCCGUCCCCGCCCCUGGCUCCGCUUCCCGAGGGGCACGUCGAGGUGACCAACGAGGCGCAGCUUCUACGCGUCCUUUUUCCAGGCUUUAGCUUCACCUCCCGAGGAGCUACAGCCCGAGGGCGGGCAGCUCCCCCUCCGCCCGCGCAGACGGCGGUAGAGCCUGCGGUGGAGAGGCGGCUCGAGGAUAGCCCUGAGUUCUCUGGCGACGAGAUCGGCGACUUUGGGUCGGGCGAGGGGGACGAGGCUGGUGACAUUGGCUCCGGGGACGGCGACGACUCGGGCGACGGCGACUUUGGCUCGGGCGAGGGCGACGAGGCGGGCUCUGGGGAGGAGUCGGGCUCUGGGGAGGAGGACUCUGGCUCGGGCGGCGCCGACGAGGGCGGCUCCGGGGACGGCGAUGGCGAGCACGGCUCGGGCGGCGAGGAGGACGAGUCGUACGCGGUCGGAUUCUCCUUCAAAACGGCUGAUGAGUGUAGCGCCGCCUUCACUGCAACAGUGUGCGCCUCCGUCAGCAGCCUCUCUGGCCUCCUCCCGAGCCAGUGCGACGUCUCCUGCGGCGGCGACGGCCGACGCCGCCUCCGCCGUCUCGAGGAGCACGCCGUCUUGGUCACCUUGCAAGCCGGCGACGAGUCGUCGGCGACCUCGCUCGCAGCGGCCCUCACCAACGCUCUGGGCGAGACGGCGGCGGAAGCGGCCGCCUUCCUCGGCGUGUCUGUAAGCGAGUCGCCGGCAGAGACGCGAGGCCUUUCCUCAGUUUUCCCUGGAUCGUGCUCGAGCCUUCUCGGACCCUUCCCUUAG